UCCCUCMCUCCCUCCCUCUCUCUCCUCGCCCUCUUUCUCCGGCGGAGGGAGACUUGUUGAGAGAGAGCCGCGCGAGGAGCCCUAUCUAUGGAGGAGGACGACGACGUUAUGGACCACCUCGAGGACAUGGCGUCGUCGGUGAGGGACUUCGACCCCCUCACGGGCAACAUCCCGGCCACCAAAGUGGAAGUCACCGUCUCCUGCAGGAAUCUUCUGGAUAAAGAUACAUUCUCCAAAUCAGAUCCAUUGUGCGUGCUGUAUACUCAAGGCAUAGAGACGAAGCAAUGGAGAGAGUUUGGCAGAACAGAAGUGAUCGACAAUACCUUGAAUCCAGACUUUCUGCGCAAGUUCAUCCUUGAUUACUUUUUUGAAGAGAAGCAGAAUCUGCGUUUUGAUCUUUACGAUGUGGACUCCAAGAGCCCUGACCUAUCAAAACAUGAUUUUCUCGGUCAGACAUUCUGCACGCUGGGUGAGAUUGUUGGGUCACCGGGAAGUCGCCUGGAGAAGCCUUUGAUGAUGGGAGCAUUUACAUUACAUUCAAAAACUGGGAAGCCCAUGCCAUCUGUCUCCAAUGGAGGGAUUCCAGGGAAGAAGUGUGGCACCAUAGUUCUGUCUGCUGAGGAACUGGGAAACUGCAGAGAUGUGGCCACCAUGCAGUUCUGUGCCAACAAGCUGGACAAGAAAGAUUUCUUUGGAAAAUCUGACCCUUUCAUGGUCUUUUACAGAAGCAAUGAGGAUGGGACAUUUACCAUCUGUCACAAAACAGAAGUGGUGAAGAACACUUUGAAUCCUGUAUGGCAGUCCUUUGCUAUCCCUGUAAGAGCCCUGUGCAAUGGAGACUAUGACAGAACCAUAAAGGUGGAGGUGUAUGACUGGGACCGAGAUGGCAGCCAUGAUUUCAUUGGAGAGUUUACAACCAGCUAUCGGGAACUGGCACGAGGGCAAAGUCAAUUUAACGUCUACGAGGUAGUGAAUCCCAAGAAGAAGAUGAAGAAAAAGAAGUACAUUAAUUCUGGAACAGUUACCUUGCUCUCAUUUGCGACAGAAUCAGAGCACACAUUUCUAGACUACAUCAAGGGAGGGACACAGAUCAAUUUCACUGUGGCCAUUGACUUCACAGCUUCUAAUGGCAACCCCUCUCAGUCGACUUCACUGCACUACAUGAAUCCUUACCAGCUUAAUGCCUAUGCUAUGGCACUGAAGGCUGUGGGCGAGAUUAUCCAGGACUAUGACAGUGACAAAAUGUUCCCAGCACUUGGGUUUGGAGCCAAGAUCCCACCUGAUGGCCAUGUCUCCCAUGAAUUCCCCUUGAAUGGCAACAUUGACAAUCCUCAUUGUAGUGGCAUAGAAGGAAUCCUUGAAGCCUACCACCAGAGCCUCAAGACAGUGCAGCUUUAUGGUCCAACAAACUUUGCGCCGGUGGUUAACCAUGUUGCAAGAUAUGCUGCAGCUGUGCAGGAUGGCUCCCAAUAUUUUGUUUUGCUCAUCAUCACUGAUGGUGUGAUUUCAGACAUGGCCCAGACAAAGGAAGCAAUUGUCAACGCUGCCAAGCUUCCAAUGUCCAUAAUCAUUGUGGGAGUUGGCCAGGCUGAAUUUGAUGCUAUGGUGGAGUUGGACGGAGAUGCUAUUCGAAUUUCAUCUCGUGGGAAGAUUGCUGAACGUGACAUUGUCCAGUUUGUUCCAUUUCGAGAUUACAUUGACCGUACAGGGAACCAUGUUCUGAGCAUGGCCCGGCUGGCUAAGGAUGUGCUGGCGGAGAUCCCAGAUCAGUUCAUCUCCUACAUGAAGGGACGCGGCAUCAAACCCAACCCGGCACCCCCUCCAUACACCCCUACAGGACACACCCUUCAGACAGAGAUUUGAAGAUCAGGAGAGGAAGAGAAAAGAGCACACCAGGCAGGUGCCAACGAAACACAAGUCACACUCUUGUGUCAACCAUCAAUUCCCAGAGGGCAGACCUCAAGGCAGCGGCCACAACACAACAUGAAAAGCCACAGUCUACUCUUUACAUCCCCAAAAGUCCAAAAGCAGGAACUAGUCUGUCCUGUAAUUUUGACAAAGCAGUUUGCAUAAUUGGUAAAGAUACCCCAUCCUUGAGAUGCAGCAACUUGGGGGAAAUGUGGUUUUUGUCUUUUUUAUACAGGAAAACCCCAAUCAUUGGCAAGCUUCUUUGUACUUGGGAAGGCUAUGGAGGUGACAGGAAUCCUGUCUCUCCUGUGUGUUGCUUUAUGGUGUGUGUGAUGGAACAACAACUUCCCCAAUUUUCCAAGCAUCUCUCCUUUUUUCCUAACCCAACAUCAGUUUCUGAAUGACUUGUUUUUUAUAGUCCACCUGCCGCCCUACGUCUUCUUGCUUUGUAAUGGCUUCGCUUAUGGAUUAACCUGGCAGGCUGAAUAUUGUGAUCAAGUGUCUGUGUGAUUGUCAUCUCUUAAGCUACUGGUGUUAUUGCUGUUCUUUGUUCUGCAUCCUGUCCCUUGGUUGUUGAAAUCCCCUUUAAUACUUUGUAAAUCUACUUUGGCAAAUAUUUGUGCAGACCCGAACCGUUUGUCCUUUGGUUUGUUUCUGUGCUUCUAUUAUGUUCCCUUUCAUUUUUAUAAAGUCCUGGUUUUCAGCAAACUACCAUUUUUAGAGUUUGAGAUUUUGUAUGUUCUGUAUAUGAUGUUCUCAGUAAGAGAGAUGAAAAUUAAAACUGGGCCAGAUUUUUGACCUUAUUGCAGUUCUGACCCUCAAGUUAGUAGCAUUACAUCAAUAGCCAGCCUUCUCAGGCAGCAGAGGCCUGAGGUUUAGGCUUUAAAUAUGUGUUUACAGAGGGAUGAGGAAAGUUGCUUCCCAUGUGAUCCAUGGUUGUAGUUCUUUCCACAUUCUGGUGUUGCACUUUACUGGGUCCUUGCAACAUGUUAAUCUUUUGUAAGAUACAGAGCUGCUGCAUAAAAACUCCAGCUGGCCUGGAUCACUCAACAUGCAUAUAAUGCUAAGGGAGAGAAAGGUGAGAGACCUGUUGUCCUCCAAAUGCUUUUGGACUUCAGGUUCUCUAUUCCUGCUUUGAAGCAGUCAGGAAGAGUCUCAGCAAGUUCCCAAACAGUUACUUCAUUUUUUUGGGAAGCCCUUAUAUUGCUCUCUUGUUUCAGUAAUACAACUGUCCUCUUCCAUUGACUCAGGGUGGCUUACACUUUACAAAUUCUUAGUCAAGCAUAUCAUCCAGUCCCUUGUUCACACCAAAUGUUCCAAACAAGUGGCCUUUUCCACAUCUGCUUCACUUGUAGAUCGCCUCACUGAUAUUGCUGGCAAAGAAGCUUUUUCCUUAUUCUUUUCACAUCCCUUUUCUUCUCAUUCAUAGUCCCUGUUACCCAUGAUCACUUCCGUUCCUACAUCAUUUCCCCCACAUCACUCCCAACACAUUAUCCAUCUCUUCACAUAACAACACUGACUGCCCCAAAAUAAUGAGGGGUUGCUAUCUCCAAAUGAUAUUCCUUAAGUAGCUUCAUAACCUCUAGAUCAAACUCUUAGAGGACAACUGGAAGUGAAAUCAAUAUGAAAUGAUGACCACUGAGUUCCUAAAUGCUCUAGGAUUAAAAAUGGUCACAGUUGAAAAAGCUUCUGAGAGUCCAAAGAUGUUGUUUAUACAGGUCCACAAAAAUAUAUUCCAGCCUCUCUUUUUCAAGUUUGUCUCAAUAAAGUACCUACCAUAUACUUGAUCUAUCUUUCACAAGACAUCUCCAGUGUGUGUGAAUAACUUUUUAAAAAAUCUAUUGAAAUUUAAAUCUCAACCCAUUAAAAUCCCCAUUUAAAAAAUCAAACUGUCUUCCCAUGUCACUUGCUCUCAAGAUACUGCAGGGAGGCUGAUAACCUGGACAAAAAUCUAUCCUAGAGAAGCUGUCCUGAAUUCUUCAGAUCUCUUAGGCCAAAAGUUUGUUUCAUGUUGUUGGAGCACAGUUUGUGAAGGAGGUCCAAGAGAGCAAGAGCUGCCAACUGGGUGCAACGGAGCCAUCUCAGUGCAUCCUCCAACAAGGCAGUCAUUUGAGUUGGAGGGGGAUAAGCUCUACCGGCCAUUUUCUGGUGGCCACCUUAACAGCUGAGAGAAGUUGUUGCACAAAAAGGUACUGGAUACCUCAUUUCACUAUUGCAAAAAGUGGUUACACUAUGACCCCUAGCUAUGACAUAAGUAAAGAGGAUGCUAACAUAUAUCUGGAGAAGAGGUUGGCCAUGCCAUCCAGGGAAUUUUGCGUAUUUCCAGAUGAAGAGCUCCUAAUGCUACUGAACAAAAUUACUGGAUCUGCCCAUAAAAUAUGGCCUUAGUGAUUGUUGGAUAAAACCCUUGUCUGGAAGCAGGCCCCUCCCAGAUUUGAAUUGUCUGUUGAUGUGGAAAGAACUAUAACUCAACAUUCUCAAUGUUUGUAUGAAAUUCUCUCCCAUGCUGGAUAACCAAUUCAGAAGAAAUCCAUAACUAGGUAUGAUAAAUGGAAGAUUUUCCAGUGAGAUAGCUUUGGGAUGUGGAUUCUUCUUUCAAAGAGCAAUCUCCACACAUAUAUGGUCUUCCAAGCUCUAGAACAGUGGUUCUCAACCUGUGGAUCCCCGGAUGUUUUGGCCUUUAAUUCCCAGAAAUCCUAACAGCUGUAAACAGGCUAGGAUUUCUGGGAGCUGUAGGCCAAAACACCUGAGGACCCUCAGGUUGAGAACCACUGCUCUAGAAGAAGAGAAGUGCUGAAAACAUAACUUCUCUGCCUUUGUUAUUUGUCUUAACAGUAUUGAGUCAUACUACAUCCCUUCCUACCAUUUAUAACCAAAGUCACAUUCAAAAGCACCUGGUGGUUUCCUUGUCAAGGAGUAUGGAAUCCACUCUGGUUUUAGACCAAACUUUAAAGGAGCCAUGCACAGUAUUAAAGCCUAUCUUCAAGGGGUUCUGCUCCUUGAAUAGCUCCUUUACAAUUAGGAUGAAACUUGAUGUAGAUUCACCACUCAGGUAACAGGAAAACCACCAGCCACCAUGGUCAACCUAGAAGAGGCAGUUUAACAUGGAUGCCCAGCUCUGAAGGAGCAGAGAUACUACUGAACAGUAUUUGCCCAUGGUAUUUGUGCUCUGUCUCUCUGUCCAGGGUUACAAAAUGGCAAAUACAACUGAAGUUUGCAAUUUGUCUUUGCCACAUCUGUAAAAUAGAUGUGUUGAGUGACUCGUGGCAAAGUAAUCCUCUUCUCAGUUGUAAGUGACAUAGGUUGUAUGAAUUUGUGCCCUGGGGUUUAUAGAGACAGUGUGGAAGUGAAACAUUCCAGGAACAAAAAUGUAUAGUGUGUGUAUAAGAUCAGAUACAGAAUCUGAUACACCUGAAAAGUCAUAGGUCCAGAGAGUCAUUCUCAGGUGGCAGUGAAGGAGAUAGGUAUUCUCCAGGCAACCUCAUUGGAAAGCAUGGAGAAAUUCUGUUCUGUAUAUUGUCUACUCCCCACAUCAACACUUUCCUCUAACUUCUGGUGAUUCUUACACCCAUCUUGCAUGUUUUCACUUUCUCCUCAUUGCCCUCCCACUUCACAACUAUUUUUAUUUGCAUGGCUAUUUAUAUCUUUUAUGCUACUGUAUUCUACGUUGAAUGUCUGUUGUAAUAUGGUUUCUAUUGGAUUGCCUUAAACUGAAAUAAAUGAUUCCUUUUAUUAAAAAUGA